AUGGCCCACCAAGCACACGCAUAUCACAUAGUAGACCCGAGCCCUUGACCCCUAACCGGGGCCAUCGCUGGCCUAUUAAUAACCUCAGGUCUUGCAAUCUGAUUCCAUUUUCAAUCUACAAUCCUCAUAACCCUGGGACUAGCCCUUCUUUUACUCACUAUAUACCAGUGGUGACGAGACAUCGUACGAGAAAGUACAUUUCAAGGACACCACACACCCCCCGUUCAAAAAGGACUCCGUUAUGGCAUGAUUCUCUUUAUUACCUCAGAAAUUUUCUUCUUUCUUGGCUUCUUUUGAGCUUUCUACCACGCAAGUCUUGCACCCACCCCUGAACUAGGGGGGUACUGACCCCCCACAGGCAUCACCAUUCUUGACCCUUUUGAAGUCCCCCUACUUAAUACUGCUGUUCUUCUCGCAUCUGGUGUUACAGUCACCUGAGCUCACCACAGUAUCAUAGAAAAAGCACGAAAACAAACAAUCCAAUCCCUGACAUUAACAAUUCUACUUGGCUUCUAUUUCACAUUUCUUCAAGGCUUAGAAUAUUAUGAAGCCCCAUUUACAAUCGCAGACGGGGUAUACGGCGCCACCUUUUUUGUUGCCACUGGUUUCCACGGACUUCAUGUCAUUAUUGGCUCUAUCUUCUUAACUAUCUGUCUUAUUCGUCAAAUUCUUUACCACUUUACAUCUCAACACCACUUCGGAUUUGAAGCAGCAGCAUGAUACUGACACUUCGUAGAUGUCGUAUGACUAUUCCUAUACAUCUCCAUCUAUUGAUGAGGCUCUUA